CGACGACGACGACGACGACGGGACCUUCCUGCGGUGCUUUUCUUCCCCGCGCAGCAUGUCGGGUCGCGGCAAGACCGGCGGCAAGGCCCGCGCCAAAGCCAAGUCGCGCUCGUCGCGCGCCGGGCUCCAGUUCCCCGUGGGCCGGGUGCACCGGCUGCUGCGGAAGGGCCAUUACGCCGAGCGCGUGGGCGCCGGCGCGCCCGUCUACCUGGCGGCGGUGCUCGAGUACCUGACGGCCGAGAUCCUGGAGCUGGCGGGCAACGCGGCGCGCGACAACAAGAAGACGCGCAUCAUCCCGCGCCACCUGCAGCUGGCCAUCCGCAACGACGAGGAGCUCAACAAGCUGCUGGGCGGCGUGACCAUCGCGCAGGGGGGCGUCCUGCCCAACAUCCAGGCCGUGCUGCUGCCCAAGAAGACGAGCGCCACCGUGGGGCCCAAGGCGGCCGCGGGCGGCAAGAAGUCCUCGCAGGCCUCUCAGGAGUACUGAGGGAGGCGUGCGCACGGCCGCCGCCCGGCCUUCCCCCGUGCACCUCACGCACACACAAAGGCCCUUUUCAGGGCCACCGACCCCCACGCGAAAAGAGCUGGAGCGCCGGCCUGAACCGGCCAGACCUCACCUCGCCGCUCCGCAGGCGUCCCUGAGGCCGCCGGAAGUCGGCUUUUACCUCAGCUUGCCGCGCCUCGGGAGGCGGCUUGCCUAAGCCCCGCUCGCUCCUUUACCUCAGGCCCGCCCGCCUGCCUGGUGUUGAGGGACCAAGCCGUACCGCAUCCGGGACAUGAAUACCCCGGAUGGGAGCGUUGAGG